UAUUUCCUGUUUUCCUUCCCUGAUUCAGAGUCUAUGCCAGAUCUGCUCACAGCUGUGAAGAUCUUGGCCGGCUCCACAGUUGAGAUCGCAGCAGCUUCUGUUGGUGAGACCAGUCUGGUGAACACUGUCCAACAAAUAGAGGAAGAUGGAAAAGGUUUGCAGACCGCACUGGAGAUGGUAGAACCAGAAGUCCUGGCUAAGGAAGCAGCUGAAGAGGCAGCUGUUGCAGUGAGCGAGGAGGAUUUGAAGUCUGCAGAGGAUAGUGCUGCUGAGGGAGUGACUGAUGUAGAAGUUGCAGAAGCUCCGUCUGCUGAAGAAGUGGCAUCUGCUCCUGCUGCAGCAGAGGAGGAGGAAGCAGCUGCGGCUCCUCCUGAGGAAGCUACAGCCUCAGCCUCCACAGUGGAGAGGGUGGGAGAUGAGGAUGAGGCACCAGUUGCUGAGGCUGCUCCUGAAGAAGCUUUUUCUUCUACAGAGGCCCCACCUGAAGAUUCAGCUGAUGAAGUUUCACCUGCUGAAGAGGCCACCCCCUCAUCAGAGGAGAUCACACCUGCUGCUGAGACAUCAGUGGAGGAGGGAGCAAGUGAAGCUUCAGCCGAGGAGGCACCUGAAGUUGUGUCAACACACAGUGAAGCUGCAGCAGUUGUGUACAUGACUCAGCUGGCGGCAGCCUCCACUGCAACCAAUCUGGAAGUUCUUUCCACUGCUGAACCAGAAUCUACAUCAAAGGCUCCAGUACAUGAGGCAAAGCACUGCCACUCCUGCCACUCUGCUCCUUCAGCUGGAGAGGAGGUGGUGCCACCUGCUGCUUUGGGAGGGGAGCUCGUCAGUGACGGGGCAGUGGAUAUAACACAUGAGGCCAAGGAGGAGGUGUCACUGGUGGAGGGACAAACCACAGAGACAAUGGUGGUGGUGACCGUCCCGUCAUGACAUGACAGACAGCGUGCCUUCCACAACACUCCCAUCUGUCAGUCAAGCUGAGGAUGAACCAUGAAAACAACAUGAAGAGAAGUAACCACAGGUUUAACUAACUAAUGUGUCCUUUCUGUUGUUAUCACAGAGUUUCUUGUAAAUUCUCUUUCUGUUCAUUCUGUAUUAGCAUUUAUGAAAUAUGAUUCCCAUUAUGUCUCUUGUCCUCUAGGUGCCACUAUUGCAAAGCUUUUCAUGACCAGUUGACUAGAACAUACAUGUCUUAGAGGUGCUAUAAUAGGCAGUAGAAGUAGUUUGUACCAAUAUCUAGAAAUUCUGCCAUGAUUUUUAUGUGGUAGUGCAUUGCUGAAAUGAUAUCAACAAUAAUGCAUUUUUCUCACUCUUGUCAUAGUACAAAUGCACAAAGAGGCACAACUAUUUUAAGACCAUUAUACUUUUCCUGAGACACCAACUUAAUCGUUGUAUCAGGUGAGAUAUAUAUAUAUUUGACAUUUUAAGGCUGAUAUCAACUGAUAUCAAUACCAUGUCCACAUUUUGGUGCAUAUCUAAUUUCUAUGUUUGUGUUAUCGUUGUCUAUAUUUUAACUUCUGUAACAGAGAAAGAUUGAUGAAUAGAUUAUAAGUGGGUUCAAACUGAAAUAACUUGAUAUUGUACCCUUUCACUAGAUGAAUAUAUUGAACAGUAACAUGCUUCUAAUUCUCUGAGAGUUGCAGGUGGAUGCAUAGUUUUACAUAUAUUUGUCGGUGCACUGCAUAUAUAUAUUCACUAUAUAUUAUAAUAAUA